GAUUUGUAACCAGCGUUGAGUUGCUCAUCUCCGGGAGGAAAAAUAACACCGCCACUGUUAUCACACAUAUUAUGAAAUCCUAGACACAAGUACGUAGGUGGAUCGGUAUCCGACCAUGAACCACAUACGCUCAUCCUCCACGGCGGAGACAUGCGCGCAGACGUACAGCUUCCUCCCCUGCACCACCACUGCGCUUGGCAACCUCUUCCUGGUUCUUGCCUACGGCUUCCUGAAUUACAAGGUGCGAGUUACCUUCUUGACGGCUGGGAGCGACUUGCUGCUGGAGACCAUCGGCCCCGGCUAUGCCGGUGGCCAUGGCCACGUCGUCACACUCCUGCUCCCGAUGCUUGGCGCCCUCCCCGACGCGCUCCUCGUGCUCGCAUCUGGCCUCUCGGGGAGCGGAGAAAAGGCACAAAAUCAGGUGCUAGUCGGCAUGGGUCUGCUUGCCGGCUCCACCAUCUUUCUUCUCACCGUCGUUUGGGGGACUUGUGUGUUUGCUGGCAAGUGUGACAUUGGGCCCAAUGGUGUUGCCAUUGAUUCAAAAGACACUAAAGGGUGGUUCCGUUUUACUGGCAGUGGUAUUUCAACUGACAAUGAAACCAGUUGGACCGCACGGAUCAUGGCAAUUUGUGUUAUUCCUUUCGCCAUUGCACUUUUCCCGAAAAUGUUGAGAAUCCAGCCCGGGCAUCGCCUGCCCAUCUUGUUGGCAACCAUUAUAUCAUUCUUUCUUGCACUAUCCUACUGCUUGUUUCAGAUCUACCUCCCCUGGAUCCAGCGGAGGCGACUUGCAUUUGCAAAACAUAGGCAUGUAAUCUCUGGGAUACUACAACAUGCCCAAAUGCAAGCACUCGGCCAUCUGCUAAAUGACGAUGGCACGCCUAACGAAAAUGUCAUAAGAAAAUUGUUCUACAAGAUUGACAAUGAUGAUAACCACGACCUAUCACGAGCCGAGCUGCAUGCCCUUAUCAUUGGAAUCAACUUUGAGGAGCUUGACUUUGACAAGAAUGAUGCCGUGGACAAAAUCAUGGAUGACUUCGACACAUCAGGCAAUGACACAAUAGAUGAGGGAGAGUUCGUCGAGGGAAUGAAGAUAUGGCUCAAUGAGGCCAAGAGAAAGGUGCAGGCUUCGGGUGCCUACACUAACAAGUUCAUCAAUGACUACCAUGAGAGAACACGGGAGGAACACGAUCAGCUGGCGGUAAGCGAUGAAGAGGUGGAGCCUGUGGAAAACCCCGGAAGAAUGAUUGUCAAGGCCGUGGGUCUGAUGCUUGUGGGUGCUGCCAUCCCUGCUGCGUUUGCGGACCCACUUGUCGACGCCAUCUACAGCCUGUCCAAGGCUACACACGUGUCGUCCUUCUUCGUCUCCUUCGUUGUGCUCCCGCUGGUGAACAACUCCAGCGAGGUCGUCUCUGCCGUCCGGUCCAUGAGAAAGAAGAGGCGAAGGAGCGCUUCCCUCGCUUUAUCGGAGGUGUACUGUGUUGUGACUGUGAACAACCUGAUGUGCUUGGGCAUGUUCUUGGCGCUGGUCUAUGCCCGGGACAUAACGUGGGACUUCUCCUCUGAGCUGCUCAUCAUUUUGCUUGUCUGCGUCGUCAUGGGCCUCUUCACGAGCUUCCGGACCAACUUCCCUCUCUGGACGUGCCUGGUGGCAUACUCGCUCUACCCACUGUCUCUCGUCCUCGUUCACAUUCUCGACUCAGUCUUCCAUUGGUCGUAAAACGAACGUCUUUGUCCAAGAAACCAACCGCGAUAUGUACUCUUGCCUUAUUGUGACAUUGACUCCUUAUUUGUUUAUCACGGCUGGAUUCAGAGUUUUACUGAAGCUCAGCAACACUCAGCUGUAGGUGUGAUCAACCGGUUACAUAAUGAGUAGUAUUUUAAGAAGAUAACUUGA